AUGGAUCGUACCACAUUCUGUGUCUGGAUCGUACCACAGUCGAUCUGGUACCACAGUCGAUUGUCUGGAUCAAUAUAUAAUGAUGGGAGUUAUACUGUACCACAGUCUGUGUCUGGAUCGUACCACAGUCGAUUGUCUGGAUCAAUAUAUAAUGAUGGGUACCACAGUCUGGAUCGUAGUCUGUGUCUGGAUCGUACCACAGUCUGUGUCUGGAUCGUACCACAGUCUGUGUCUGGAUCGAUCGUACCACAGUCUGUGUCUGGAUCGUACCACAGUCUGUGUCUGGAUCAAUAUACAAUUAUUGGAGUUGUACCGUACCACAGUAGAUCAAUGUGUCCUCUGCGUGGGCCUAGGAGAACUCAAGAUAAUUGCACUAAUAAACGAGCUGUUAAAAAAAAAAAAAAAGCUCCUAGAGAAAGUACUGUAUUUGACCAUCCUUGGUAACGAUAGUUUCUUUUUAUUUUUAUUUUGUUUACACCCAAGGAUGAAAAAACAACGUAGUGGUUGGGAGAAGCUGAAGGCUAGAAAAGAGGAAGAAAAACAAAUGCAAAAAAUCUUGUCUAAAACAAAAAAAAUUACAGAUUUUUGUGGAAAAAGCACAUCUGGAACAAGCAGUGUAACUGAUAUACAUGCUUCCGCUUCAAGUUCAACCAGUACAAUUGCUGUCAGUGCAUCUAGUGCAACAAGUGGAUCCACUGAGUUGGACUAUGAAAAUAUAACAGAACAGCAAGAAGAAAUAUAUUCAAAUGACAUUGGAGAUUGGAAUAUUUGUGAUGCCUUGAGAGAAUAUUUCUGUGAAAAUGGGGUUACCAACUGUCAACAUAUGGACAGUGAUUUUAGUGCCUCAGAAAAGAUAUGUCCAGGUGAAACUUUUACAAAACACUGUACAAAAUCUUUGUUUUUCCGGGAACAGUUGAAUGGAGAAAAAGUUAAGCGUGACUGGCUGUGUUAUUCUCCGAAAACUUGCAAGGUCUUUUGUGCUCUUUGCAAACUAUUUUCGAAAGACGAAACAACACAUUUGACUUCAACUGGUUAUUUAGAUUGGCGACAUGCCACAAGAGAUUUAAGCAGGCAUGAAAAUAGUGCUUCUCAUGGAAAAGCAAUUGAAGCCCUUAUCAGGAGAAAAACUUCUGGUCAACGCAUAGACAAAGAUCUUGUUAACCAGUUUGAGAAUCAGAAAAAAUAUUGCCACAAAAUGCUUUGCCGUAUCCUGAGCGUUAUAAAGCUCCUUUCAUCAUGA